AUGUACGCCUGCCAAGAAGAUGAUAGUCUCGCGCAGUGCGGUUAUACGUCCGUGAGUCGAACGCGUAUUAUCCAUCAAUUUCGCGGUAAUAAACAAGGUUUUACGGCCGGAGUCGCUUUCCGCGCAUCCAUCCAGGAAAAAGUGAUCGACCCUUCGUGCGGCGAACCGCUUCCUGUUAAGUCCGCCGAGCCCUUGGCGGCGACGAGCGUGAAAAAGUGCCGGGCAACGAAGCCGGUAGACGGGUGCGGUCCCCUCCUACGGGUCGACGACUCCCUACCUGGAUUCACAUGUAUAAAAGGAGAUCCUCGCGUCGACGCGGCACGACAUAGCAGUCCGUACUUUAGGGCGAGUACUGAACUGCAUUCGGUCUAUUCUACGAUCGACUCGACCGUCGUCGAACUGACUCCAUUAGUUGAAUUGAUACUGAGAUUAAUAAAUCUUUUCCAUAGUCAGGCUUGUUCGAUUUCGAGGUCGUUUUAUCUACGCACAGGAUUUACGCGAGCAUUUCUUUUGCAGAUCGUUCUAUUCGCAUUCUGCGCCAUCGCGGCCGCAACACCGGCCUAUUCGACAUAUCACGUCGGCGUACCGUUCGGACCAGACGGAAAACUCCUGGACACGCCGGAGGUAGCGCGAGCGAAAGCGGCCCAUCUCGCCACCCAGGCCUACGAGGCCAUCAGGAACACGCUCGGCUACGGAUUCGUGCCCGCCGUUUAUGCACCUGCGGUUUAUGCACCUGCGAUUACGUACGGCGCGCCCAUCGGCGCGGACGGUCGGGUGGUAGACACACCUGAGGUCGCCCAGGCCAAGGCUGCCCAUCUCGCCGCUCACGCCCAAGAGGCUGCCAAGACAGGUGGGUUGGUCCCGUACGGUGCUCUGGCGUAUGCCACUUCGCCUGCGUUCUACGCUUACAGCUACGCACCGCUUGGGCCUGACGGCCGGGUAAUCGACACUCCCGAAGUGGCCCAGGCUAAGGCCGCGCAUUUGGCCGCACACGCUCAAGCAGCCGCCCGAAACGCCGAUUGACGAGCAUCGAUCAAAUCGUCUCUUUUCGAUCGC